AUGUUGGCCGAAGAGACUGGCCUUGCCAAACUUUUAACAAACUUUCCCGUCGGAGGAAUUCUGCCCAAGGAUGAGACUGGAGUCGCGCAACUACUCGCCGAGAAACCCUACCUCGACGGGCGAGGACAAAUCGUCGCUGUCUUAGAUCAGGGCGUAGAUCCCGGCGCAGCUGGCCUCAUCGUCACUUCUGAAGGAAAACCAAAGGUCAUUGACGUGAUCGACACUACUGGCUCUGGAGAUGUGGAUACGACCUCUGUGGCGAAAGUCGAAAUCGCCGAAGAUGGCUCGAAGUUCCUCACUGGCCUUACUGGCAGAAAACUGGUCCUUCCCGCCGAAUGGAAGAACCCGAGCGAGAAGUGGAACGUAGGAGUUAUCGACUUGACAAAGAUCUUCCCAAGCUACCUAAAGAACCGAAUGAACAAGACCUGUAAAGACGAGGAAUGGUCGCCAGCUUACAACAGCGCGCUCUCGAACGCACAGGACAACGUCAACCAAACUACGAGUUUGGACGUUACUGUCCUCAAGAAUCAGAUGAAAAAAGAAAGCGCCAAGGAAACGUUGGAGGCGCUGAAAAAGCUCAACUCAGGAUGGAAGAACCUGAGCUUCAUCGCCGACGUCGUCGUCUGGAACAAUGGAGAGGAGCUUGUCGCCGUUCUUGACUCAUCGUUUCGCGGCGACUUGAGCUCUUGCAAAGUGAUGCGUGAUUACGCCACUGCGCAAGAAUGGCACAAGCUCAGCGAGGAGACUCAGCUCAACUACAAUUUCAAGAUUUUCGACGACAAAAUGGUCCAGGUCGUUUGCCCCAGCGGCUCUCACGGCACCCACGUCGCCGGAAUCGUCGCCGCAUAUCACCCAGAUGAAGAGGACAAGAAUGGCAUUGCUCCCGGUGCGCAGAUCAUUUCCGUCAAGAUUGGCGACUCCCGAUUGAAUACCCUUGAAACGCAGGCAGGUUUCAUUCGAGGCCUCCGAGCGGCUGUUCGUGGCGGUGCUUCCAUCGCUAAUUUCUCCUAUGGCGAGCCGGCUAAAUAUCCAAUGAAGGGCGCUUCAGCGCGUGAAAUCACAGAGUGCUAUCUCAAGCAUAAAAUGCUCUUCAUCACAUCGGCUGGAAACUCUGGCCCCGCUCUUACAACAGUCGGAGCUCCAGCUUCUAUUUCCGAUCAUCUUCUUUCCGUCGGUGCUUUUGCCGCGCCCUCCUCCCACUUGCCAUGCUAUUCGUUGAAGGAACAAGGUCACGAAAUCAACUACACGUGGUCCUCUCGCGGCCCCACCCAGGACGGAGGUGUUGGCGUCAACGUUUCAGCUCCCGGUGUUGCCAUUACCGCCGUUCCCACCGCCACGUUAAUGAAUAAUCAAUUGAUGAACGGGACUUCAAUGGCGGCUCCCUCUGCUGCCGGCGCCGCUGCUUGUAUUCUCAGCUCGUUGAACGGCGAAGAAUGGACCCCCGCUGGACUGAAGCGAGCUAUGGAAAAUGGCGCACGAACGAUUCCAGGCGCUGAGAAAGAAACCCAAGGACGUGGUCUCAUUCAGGUCCCCAAGUCUGCCGAAAUCAUUAAAAACGUUGAUUCCGCGCAUUAUCAGCUGAAAGUUUCCGGUGGAAAGCGUGGCGUUUAUCUUCGAGAACCAUGGGAAACCGAAGAGAUUCAGACGAUUGCCAUGUCCGUCAAGCCGAGUUUUGUUCACCAAAAACCCAAGUCUGAAAUUGUCGCCUUCGAAAAGCAUUGUCUCAUCAAGAACCCGGCGAAAUCUUGGAUCCGGGCUCCUGAAUUCAUUCAUCUGAAUUCCGGAGAGAAGCACUUCUCAAUCGAAGUGGACCCGACGCGUCUUCCAGCCGGAGAUUACCGCUCGGCGCACCUCACCGUCGUCGAAUCCGGCAACGAACAAGAGGUGCUUUUUGUCAUUCCUGUGACAGUUGUCAAGCCACUCGAGCUCGAUCCAGGCGCAACCAAACAAAAGGAGCUCAACUUUUCACCUGGACAAAUUGAGCGUCAAUUCUUCAAAGUCCCAGUCGGUGCUAGCUACGCGAAGGUCACUGUAGCUGCUACUGGAUCUGAGACUGGCCGUUUCAUGGUCCACGUCGCCCAGCUUGAAAACGAGAAGCACUUUGAUGUAAAAACCGAAGAAAAGUUCUACUCACUCAACUCCACUGAAGCACCAAAAGUGUUUGCUGUUCCAGUGAGUGAGUGUGGCACAGUGGAGCUUACUCUCGCCAAGUUCUGGUCGUCGCAAGGACAGUGCACUGCGCGCUGGUCGAUCGAGUUCGGCGGCCUCUCCGUGACUAGUCCGACGGAUCUAGCUCAAUGCGCCAAUGAGUUCAUCAUCAAGUCCCCUCUUCCCGAAAAGAUCUUGCCAAAGGCAACUUUCGACCAGCUCGUCAUUCCCAUGGCGCCGCAGAAUGUUUCCAUCUGUCCGAUCGAGUCACUUCCAUACGAUAAACCACUGAACGAGGCCGAGCGAACUUUCCUCGCAAAAAUCGACUACUCCUUCUCUCUCGGCUCCAAAAGUGAUAUCACGAUGAACUGCCCAACCCUCGAAGGGCUCCUCUACGAGUCCGAAUUCUCGGAAACUCUCAUUCAUGUCUUCGAUUCGCACAAUAAGCACGUUUUUACGACAGAAGUUCUUAAGCCAUCAAGCUGGAAGGUUAACCUUCCAAAGGCUGACUACAAGGUGCAAAUGCACAUCGCUGGCACGAAUUACACGCUGCUGGAAUCUCUGAGCAAAAAUCUACAACUUGAUGUUCUCCAAAAACUCUCCAAGCCAGUUGCCGUCGAUGCGUUCUGGAAGCAUAUGGACGCACUGGCGGGUGCACCCAAGGCAAAGGACAAAACUCUAAAGCCUAACACACCCGUAUCGCUGUACCUGGGCCCUGGAAUGACGGAGCUGGAUCAGUCCGACCUUGCCAAGGCCGAAGGCGGUCGAUACUUGAAGGGAUCACUCACCAUCCUCAAGGAUGACGUAACCAAGAAGGUCGAGAAACACAGCAUUCGAAUGAGCCUUCGCCCGCGCGCCAAGUCCAAGACUGACGCCCCGCCAAAAUCUGAAAAGGACAAUUCGAUCGAAACAAUCGAGCGCAACGCGAAUGUCAGCUGGGUCAAGGCUGGCCAUGGCGGUUCCGACUACUUUAAAGUUGCCGUCGAGAAGUACCCCGAUCAUGUCCCUCUCCAUCACGCUAGGUUGCAGUUUUUGACCAAAGAGUCCAAGGUCGGAGCCCCUGUCACCACUGACGAGGUUGCCAAGCUCUGCGAAGUCAUCGAGCAACUUGUUGAUUUGAAAACAGCCAUUUACAAUAGCUCCAUGAAGGGCAAGCUCACCGCUGAUGAACAGAAACUGGUAGAUGCGGCUAAAGAAGAAAAGGCGGCUCUUCAGCUUGCCACUGUAACGAAGAUCAGAGCGAAGCUUAGCCAACACGAGAAGGGUGGCGAUGACUCGGCCGUGUUAGAGCUACUCAAAAACCUGUUGAGAAUGAAUGACUUCAUCGCAGAGGGCAAAGACAAAGAAGUCCUAAAGAUGAAUGUAGAAGUUGGAAUGCGACUGGGAUUCCCUGGCCUUUCACUCAAGGCUGUCUCGAAGCUAACAGCCGACAGCGACUCAAAAGACCUUGCAAAAACGUUAGCAUCACUGUAUUCGGACUUGGGAUGGGAUUUUGCUGCAACGAACCAAGAGCAGAAGAUCGUCGCCGACUUCCCUCAUGCCCAGCUCUUUCUCUAA